AGCUGGGAAAAAUUGGUGGAACUGAAAUUGUUAGUCUGAUAAGGAAAAUGCAUAAAAGUGUGAAAAGUAUCUUAAAACAGUUCAGUGAAUUUUAUUGCUUAACUUGUCAUUUUCUUCGUCCGUUUCCCCGUAGUAAUAAAAAAUGGUGGUGAAUUUGCUCGUGGCGACAGGACUGUUAGUAACGUUUAGCAGUGGUGCCACAGCAUUGCGUGGUAACUUUUGUGGGCAAUGUUCCCCAACAUCUGGAGUGAAGUGCAUUGAUGAAACAACGUUUGCAAUUUGUGACACAAACGGUAAAGCAACGAAUCGAAUUCUCACCUGCCCAACAGGACUAAAAUGUGUCAACAGCAUGAAGAUCUGCGCUGAUGUUGAUGUGGGAGAAUGCGUAUCCAAAUGUGGUAAAUGCGAGAACGGCCGAUUUGCUUGCAUCGGACUUUCUGCUUUCAGUCUUUGCUUUGGUCACAAUGAGACCUCUAACGUGUCGGCCAAAUGUGCUUUAGGAAAAGUGUGCAGUACAGCGAAAUUCGAUCCCAGCAGUAUAAAGCCAAAUUUGGAUUUCUGUUUUAAUGAAGUGGAAUUGGAGUAUUCAGAAAUUGAUUGCUUCAAGUAUCAGGCCCCGACGUUCAUUUCUACUAUUGAUCCGAUAUUACAUGUCCAACCUUCUACGCCUGUCGUACCAAUACAACCAGAAUUACCAGCUCCUGUAACAAGUCAGCCGGAGUUACAACCCCAUGUAGCAAGGCAACCAGAAUUACCGCCUUUCGUAUCAAGGCAGCCUGAAUUGCCACCGAUCGAAUAUCCAGUGGAGGUGCCCGAACAGGAUCCUAAUAUCUUCUGCAGGAACAAGAGAAUCGGCAAAUAUCAGAUAUUGAGUGAUAGGAAAUGUCAAAGGUACUAUUUCUGCUACCACAACGGACAUCAAAUGGUUGGCAAGAUACUCACUUGUGCUGAACAUAGUGUUUUCAAUCCGACAUCACAGAAAUGUGUUCGAUCCAGUUUGGGUUUCUAUUUACUGCAUAAAUGCGGAGGAAUUGUAUCAAUCAAUGGAACUACGACGCGGAAUGAAUAUACCUCAUGGAAUUAUAGUCCACCACUAAACGCCAUGAGCUCACUGGAGUACAUAAAAUCAUUAAAUGAAAUGCGGCACAUGGGUCUGGCAGAUCCUUAUAGCCUGAUAACUCCAGAUGCGGGACCAGAUACUUUCAAUCAGCCAGACCCCUCUUCUCACCACAGACACCCAACAGUUGGGACAAGUUUAGUACACCAACGUUAUCCUUUGAACUAUGGCACUCCCUCGAGCUACAUUGACACCAAACGUCAUAUGAAUCUAAAUAGUCAACACCCAGUGAGCAAUCCACAAUUUCCAAAUGCAGUUGGUGCAUCAUAUCCAGUAAAUCCAGCGAAUCAAAUGGAGUCAACAUAUCCUGUAAUGCAUGAACCCCAUGUAGAUUCCCAUACUCAAAUGAAUUGGAUGGAACCUGCUGAUUUACCAAAUCGAUGGGAACAAAUGAAUUCUAUGGACCAAGUGCCUAUCCCUGCAAAUCAUAUGGAACCAGGAGGUGAACCGGUUCAACCAUAUUGGAGCUGGCAUUAAUCAGAAAAAUAAAUAUAAUAUUGUACUUACGGUAAUAACGUUUUU